AUGGCGUCCCCGUCGCGGCGAUUGCAGACCAAGCCGGUCAUCACCUGCCUCAAGAGCGUCCUGCUCACCUACACCUUCGUCUUCUGGGUGUCGGGUAUCGUGCUCCUGGCCGUGGGCGUCUGGGGAAAGGUGAGCCUGGCUGUCUACUUCUCUCUACUGGACGAGAAGGCCACCAAUGUCCCCUUCGUCCUGGUGGGUGCUGGCACCGUCAUCAUUCUCCUGAGCACCUUUGGCUGCUUUGCCACCUGCCGCGGCAGCACCUGGAUGCUCAAGCUGUAUGCCAUGCUCCUGUCCCUCAUCUUCCUCAUCGUCCUGGUGGCUGCCGUUGUGGGGUUCGUCUUCAGGCAUGAGAUCAAGACAAACUUUGAGAGUAACCUCAACCUGGCCUUGAGGGACUACAAUGUGACUGCAGACCGGCACAGUGAGGCCGUCGACACCAUCCAGAGAACUCUGCGCUGCUGUGGGGUGCAGAACUACUCAGACUGGGAGAGGACUGAGUACUUCACCCAGAAGGGCAUCCCCCGGAGCUGCUGCAAGAGCCAGGAUGACUGCUUGGAGGAGGAUCUAAAAGACCCAAGCAGAGCCAAGCUGAAAGUGUUUGUGGAUGGUUGUUUUUUCCUGGUAACAUCAACGAUGGAGUCAAAAAUGAGUGUUGUGGCUGGAAUGUCCUUUAGCAUCGCAUGCUUCCAGUUGAUUGGCAUCAUUCUCGCUUGCUGCCUGUCCCAGCACAUCACGAACAAUCAGUAUGAGAUGGUGUAG